AUGGAAACCAUCAAAUUAAGCAACGGUGGUUCGCUACCCGCUCUUGGUCUUGGGACAUGGAAAAGCAAACCAGAUAAGGUCACCUAUGCCGUAGAAAUGGCGAUAAAAGCUGGAUACAGACACAUUGACUGCGCAGCGGUUUAUGGCAAUGAAAAAGAGGUCGGACAGGCUUUAAAGUCUUGUAUCGGAAAAACGGUACAGAAAUGUUAUGGACUGAUUCUCUCUGAUUCUCUCUGACCCUCAGUCAGUAAAGUCGAGCGAAAGAGCGGGCUGGGAAAGCGACAAACUUACAAAAUAUCGCAAAAAAAAUGUUGAAAGUUUUUGCAGAGCUUUUAUCCGGUCUAGAUUUGCCUAUUAUGUUUACAUAGCUUCUUUCACCGCAAAAGGACGUGCUUGUGCCUACCAAGGAGCGAGAAUAUACAUACUGAUGUUGAGUACGAAGGGUUAAUUAAACCCUCAGCAUUUCUUGUUGCUUCCCUGACUGUUCGCUGGUGCAGUCAGUUCUGGGUUCAGAAAAAUACGGUGAGCGAUGAAAUACUUGGCUUAGAACGCAACACAACAAUGCAGCCAGAUCUUGAAGCCAGACUUCUUCAGCUGAAUUGGAUCUCCUUCACAAAGGACAGGGAUUCAUUUCUUUCCUUGUUUUGUAGGUGAAUAGGAAAGAUUUGUUCAUCACAUCUAAGUUAUGGAACACAAAGCACAACCCUACUGAUGUGCAUUCUGCUGCAGAGCAAACUCACUUAGGACUCAAUUAUCUUGACUUGUAUCUCAUACACUGGCCUGUAUCCUUUAAGGAUGGUGAUGUCAGUUUUCCAAAGGAUGAUGAUGGAAAUAUUAUUUAUGCAUACCAUGAUCCAUGUGAUACUUGGAAAGCAAUGGAAACACUUGUGGAUGAUGGUCUUUUCAAAGCAAUUGGUAAAGACUACUUUCAUGGGAUUUCUAACAGAUGUAAUUAUACAAAUCUCUGAGAUUUCAGAAAUAAAUUGGCUCUUAUUGUUGAAGCCUUAAUCUCAGUUUUUGUGAGGUGAAUGGGUAAAGGUCAAAGGUAAAAUUCUGAAAAUGGGUAAAUGGCUAAAACUCGGUUCAGACGUCAUACUUCAGCCAUGCCAAACUUAAUUGCAAUUAGGAAAUAAUUUAUUAAUUUUGUUUGGCUUGGUAGAGGAAUGAUGUUUGAAUUGCUGUUGUGUCAGAGUUGUGCAGCUCUCUUAGUCACGGAGCAGAGCCUCAUGAACUUAAUUCUUUACCUAACUAAAUUAAAAAGUUUAACUCAAAUGCUGUGCUUCAGCCUUGCUUUUCUUGAACUUAAGCACUGAAUGAAGUGUGUCAUAGCAGCUGCAUGGUGUCUGAAUGAGACCUCAUUUUGCUAGCAGAGCCUGAUUUCUAUAACCUAAAGCUACCAGCACAACAAAGGUUUCACCUCACCCCAUCCUCCUGCAUUUGAUCAGGUUUCCCUCAUAGGUGGCAGAAGGUACCCAUUUAUGCUCCUGGGUGGAGAGAAGUACUGUAUCACAAAGCUGCCAGUACAUCACAGGGUUUACACCACCCUACUUCCCUGCAUUUCAUCAGGUUUCCCUGAUAGGUGGCUGUAGGUACCCAUUUAUACUCCUGGGUGGAAAGAGGCACUGUUUCACAAAGCUACCAGCACAUCACAGGGUUCACCCAACCCCCCCCCCCCCCUCUAUUUUAGAUCUCUUGACCAGUUGCCUAGAUCACUAAGCAUCAGGCCAAUGUGUUUUCCUUGAUAGAGCUUGAGUACCAUGCAAAUUGUUUCCAUAUUUUGUUUUUAUCAGUUUGCCAGAAUAAUUUAAUUUUUUUAUUUAUUUAUUUCUUUCUUUUUUUUAGGUUACUUUAUUAAAUUUCAACAGCAAACAAGUGGAUGAUAUCCUAUCUAAAAGCAGAAUAAAACCUGCUGUUCUCCAGGUCGAAUGUCAUCCUUACUUCAAUCAAGCUCAGCUCAUAGAACAUUGCAGGAAAAGAGACAUUGUUGGUGUGUUUAAACAUUCAACCCUGAACAACUCUUCCUGA